AUGGAAACGGGUUGCAGGACGACAUACUGGAGAGACUACAUCCCUCCACCGGAUACACCGAGGAGCAAAGAGCUAGCAAGAUCGAAUACCUAUCAAUGGGCGGAAGCACGCUGCAGUGAGCCUUUCGUCUCCGGCUGGAUGCAAGCAUGGGAAGGUCUUCUAGGCGAGCCGUACAAAGGAAUCACGGUUAAUGGCCAAUCGAUCCCUGAUCUAUACCACCUGGAUGACGACGGGGCGGGCGGACCAGGGACUCCGGUUCCGGUAGCCGCAAUGGUCAGGGCAGCACAGAUCGUGUUGGGGGAAGCGAGCGCGGAUCAAAGACGUCUUAUCGUCAGAGAGAUCGAUGCACCGGAGUGGCGACGAUGGAUGAACCCGGAAAUCUAUGUCUACCGACAUGGGGUACGUCUGGAAGAGGUAUCGGACGCCCUGGUAGAGGCCAUCCAUGGCUUGAUGCGGGCCAGUCUCUCUCCAGCAGGAUACGUCAAAGCCGCGGGUUGUAUGAAAGUAAACGAUUUCCUGGGCAAGGUUGUGGACGGAACCAAAGUCCUCAAUGAACGGUCUUACAACUUCACCAUGUUUGGGGAGCCCUCGCAAGUCGAGCCGUGGGGAUGGCAGCUCCAUGGCCAUCAUUUGGACAUGAACUGUUUGGUGGUCCGACGGCAGAUGGUCUUGUCGCCGGUCUUCAUGGGUGCCGAACCCAAUGUCAUCGACGAGGGCCCGAACAAAGGCACCGAACUCUUCACAGACCAGGAGCAGACGGCUCUCCAGCUCGUGCAAUCAAUGGACCAACCGACGCGUGCCCGGGUAAGAAUCUACAAACAGCUGAGUGGUCCGGAAUUUCCGAGCUGGCGAUACCAUCGGGCCGACCAGAGGCAUCUCGGCGGCGCCUUUCAGGACAACCGGCAAAUCCCUUACGAGGGCUCCAAAGUCUCGACAUUCACGGCCGUUGAGCAAGACUUGGUCCGCCAGCUGAUCGUUCUCGGUAUCAACUACCUUCCCGAAGGAGCGUUGGCCGUGAAAGUGCAAGAGAUUGCGGCACACUGGCAGGAUACGUACUUCUGUUGGAUCGGUGGGUACCAGAGGGAGACGGGCUUCUACUACAAGAUCCAUUCUCCGGUCGUGAUGGUCGAGUUUGACCACCAUUCUGGCGUCUUUCUCACCAACAAAGAUCCCUUGCCAUUUCACAUCCACACUUUGGUCAGGACUCCAAACGGGAACGAUUACGGCAAGGAAUUGCUGAGGCAGUAUCGAGAACGGUAUCAAAGGCAAGGUCUACCAAGUUCGCCGGAAGGGAAAGACUCUUGA